GGGGAAGCGGAACAGCGCGAGAGGCUCGUGCAGGACUGAGCUGGAUGGGAGCUUUAUGCAUUGAUGAAGCGUCAGAUCGCUGAUUGGGAAGCGUUGAAUAAAGCCGGAGGGAUCGAAGAAGUGUAGAUCGCGCAGGUCGCGCGGGACAAACGGUAGGCGGCGCGACAACAUCCUCAUCAUCAUCAUCAUUGCGUGAUAUUUGCGUACGGAAGGGUGCGCGCGGUGGACGCUGACCAGGCGAAUGGAGGGACAGGACCCUGGCCUUUAGGGACCGCCGCUAACCACGGGUGGAAUGAGGCUCGUGCGCCCGUGUUUGGUUCGCAACCUUAACGUGGAUUGACGGCCAGCCAAUCUCAGCCCUGAAAGGUCCGAUUGUCCUACAAAGCCGCUAAUUGAUUUGAAAUGAAUUGAAUUGAAUUCAGGAGACCAGCUCAUAACGAAACGUUGGAACAUUGAAACGUCGGAACGUCUGCAGAACUGAAGCAGCACUUCUUGGCUCGAGACGUUUGACAGGCGCUGUGGUGUUCGGAGAUGGCUCUGCUCCUCCUCCUCCAUAUUCCCUCGCUCCUGGCCCUGCUGGCCCUGUUCCCCUCGCUCUCUCUGGGCUGCCCCUCGGGCUGCCGCUGUUACAGCCUGACGGUGGAGUGCGGCUCCAUCGGCCUCAAGGAGAUACCGCGGGGCAUCAUCCACGGCACGCAGACCAUCUUCCUUCAGGACAACGCCAUUGGUCAGAUCCGAGGUGAGGACCUGUCUGGCAUGGGCUGCCUGCACUAUCUUUACCUGCAGAACAACAGCAUUACGGUUAUGGAGCCGGGGGCCUUCGUAAGCCUGAGCCAGCUGCUGGAGCUCGCCCUUAAUGGGAACAGACUCCACCUGAUCUCCGCUGAUGUUUUCCGUGGCCUGGAGCACCUGCGCAUCCUGUACCUGGCAGGGAACCAGAUCACCCGGCUGGAGGACUACACCUUCCGCGGCCUGCAGCGCCUACAAGAACUACACCUGCAGGAAAACACCAUGGAGGCCCUGGAUGAGCAGGCCCUAGUGGGCCUAUCCUCUCUGGCUCUGUUGGACCUCAGCAGGAACAACCUAAGGACCCUCAGUCCAGCUACGCUCAGACCCCUAAUCAGCCUACAGGUUCUCCGCAUCACAGAUAACCCAUGGCGCUGCGACUGUGCCCUCCACUGGCUUCGUGGUUGGAUCAACGAGGAAGGCCAGCGACUCCUGAGCUCGGCAGAACGGAGGCUGCUUUGCGCAGAGCCCCCACGCCUUUCUCACCUGAGCCUGGUGGAGGUUCCUGCCAACAGCCUGGUGUGCAUCCCACCUGCUGUCCAACUGGAGCCCAGUCACUUGACUGUGCGUCUGGGAGAGAGCCUGCGAGUUUCCUGCCAAGCCUCUGGCUAUCCCCAGCCCCAGGUCACCUGGAGGAAGGCAUCUCAUGGCAAAGCCCAGCUGUCUCCUCGAGGGUUGGUGCAGGAGGUAGGCAUGGAUGGAGAUAGCAGAGCCAGCGGAAGGCUGGUGACAGCCAGGCCUAGCGGAAACGGGGGAACCGUCGGUGGCCGGAAUCCAGGGCGAGGGAUGGAGGAUAAUGGAGACAGAGACAACUUUGGUCCAGAUACAGGUAGUGGAAUGCUCUUCCUGAGCAAUGUGACUGUGGCCCAUGCAGGACGCUACGAAUGUGAAGCUUGGAAUCCAGGUGGAGUUGCCCGAGUGACCUUCCACCUUUCUGUCAACAUGUCUUCUUCCUCAUCCUCUUCAGCUGUCUGGCCUCGCUUGCAUUCCUCAUCAUCCUCCUCCUCUUCUUCAUCCUCCUCAAACUACCACCCGUCUUCAGGAGACGUCAGCCAAGAACCUAUUUACGAGCUGGAGAGCAUGGACUUUAAUGCUCUGGGCACCGCCACCCAGACAGCGAUUGCCGUUGGCAUCUCUCUGCUUGCUCUUACCGCAUUGCUCCUGCUCUGCAUGAUCUACAGUCGCCAUCGUCAGCGGCAGAAAGAGGAGGGUGGUGGCUAUGGGCCAAGCAAGGAGGAGUCCAUCCUCUACGUCAAUGACUAUUCCGAUGGACCCACCACCUUUGCUCAGCUCGAGGAGUACCGGGAUGAACGGGGUCACGAGAUGUAUGUGCUGAAUCGUGCCAAGCCGGUGCUCCCCCCUCCACCUGUACCAGGACACAAUCCUCUGCAGACCAGCGAGUGUCUCCAAGGCCAAGGAGUCCUGACCCCAGGUAGAGUAACAGGCCUUGGUCCUCGCAGGGCUCCUGCAGAAGGUGGUGAAGGACCUCCGCCAGAUCCAGAGGGACUGUUCAUCAACCAGAGCCUGCUGUUCGACACACAGAUUGCCUAUGAGAUCCACUGCUGAGGAGGAGCGAAUCGACUCAGUUUGAAAGGAGAAGAGGUCGUAAAAAGGCCAACUAAGAAAAGGCUCAUUGACUGCACAUGGCACUUGAGGGAGGGAGGAGUUGAAGGUUGAACAGGUUCAACAGGUUGCUGGAGGAUCUGCCUAUUUCUGUUUUUUGUUCCAAAAGCAAAAAUGCUUUGAUUAUUAUUAGAUUACAAGAACAACAUGAAGGUUGCUUCAAAAGGACAUUGAUGACUUACUUACCUUGCCAAGGGUCAAGAUCUGAUCUGAUCCACUUAAUCUGAUGCUUUAGGACCCAAGCUAGGACCUUCAACUGGACCAGUCAGAUAGAUGAACCUACCAAAAAGUGAGGCAGAGCACUGUAUAAUUUAUUUUUUCCUUCAUGUCUUGGAAGCUGGGAAGCGCGGUGGCAUCUUGAGGACCGGGCUGCCACAGUCAGACAGUCCUAGACACUGACCUACUUUUCAGGAGCAGAGGUGAGAAUAACGAAGGACAUUUUUGAGACUGUGUUUCCCUAUGUGUCAAACAUUUCGGUUGUUUUUUUUCCUGCUUCUGCCAGGCAAUGUGAAUAGCUGUCCUCGUUGCCCAUUCGGAAGCUUCCUUUAUAUUUUGAGAAUCUUUCUUUUCACUUUCAUACGGAUGACAUUUGUGUGCAUUCUCAUGCAAAUGAGAGCGGCAGAAGGAGCUGACUGAAAGCGUCUGAGAAAAAAAAUAGGUCAGUAUUUGUGAUAGCAACAAAAUAGGUGGAGUUAAUAUGUUUAGCGAAGACAAUAUUCUCUCACCUUCUCGACCUCUAUCUGAGUAACACUGUGAAAAAAAAGCUCUAGACAAUAGAUUUCCAGAAUGAUUAUCAACAUUUCUAAUGUAUCAAAUGGAUAGCGGUAGGUCAUCAAGAUGGCGUUAAGACAUUUUCCGCUAGAAUAGACGGUAAAGGAUUGCGUGAAUGUGAGCGUGCGAGAGAGAGACAAUAAGAAUGACCAGGUUUGUACAGAAAUUGCCUAUAAUCACUUCAGGGUAUACAUAUAAACGCUCAUCUCAGCCGGUUUAAGCUGGCGACAUCUGAAGGUGUGAAGCUUCUGCUCGGUAAAAUAGUUUUUGAAUAGUAUGUAUUUAUUUCUGUUUCUGUCAGAUGUCUAAUAAAUGUGACGUUCCUGUUUUAUGCAAAUAAAAUUUGCUUUUUGAUCCA